UCCUGUCCUCGGUCGCUUCAUCCAGCGGAAUAGCUACGGAGAGAAAUAGAAAUAGGUUUACCGCUGGCCUCCGGCCCCCCCCAAUCCCCGCGGGGGCCUUUUCCUAGAUGGGAAGGCGGCCUUCGCCUCCAUGCAGCCGAGGGGAGCCGGGACGCCCCCUGCCUUGCCACGCAGCCCUUUCUCCACUGUUGAGGGGUAAAAAAAGAAGGGUUCGGCCGGAGGAACCUCUGCCGCGGAGCCCUACGACGGGCGGCAGGCGGAGAGCCAAUGGGGGAAAGGUCCGUCGGCUCUCCCAGGAGGGGAUCCACGCAAGGAAGGUGGGUCGAGUGUUGGGGGCAGGGCUGCUGCUAGGCCAGCCCGGCCGGCUCCGGCUCCGGCUUCUUCUCCAGGGGGGGUGGCGUGCGCAGAAUGGCGGGGCGGGACGGCUGGUUUGAACAGGGCGAGCUGCACCCUGAGGGGCAGGUCGCCGGGCGGAGACGGUGCCAACAGCAACACCAACACUCCGACCAUCACCGGCAUGCAUUCCCGGCGCCGCGUUCAUCCCCUCGGACGGGGACUCAGUUGGCCGUCGCCGCCGCCGCGAGGCUUUUCCCCGCCGCCGCCGGCCCCCGGAGUCGCUUGGCCUCUUUGGCCGAAGAAGGCCAUCUGCCUCCGUGGCGCAGGCGCCGCCUCUUCAUGGAACCCCCCGAGCCGGCUUCGGAGGAACCCCGCGCCCGCCGAGCCUUGUGGAAAGCGCCGAGCGGGCGGCAGUGGCCCGUCCUGGCGGCCUGCUUGACCUGCUGCACCCUGCUCGGCUGGUACACGGCCAGCAGCGUGAAGGAUGCGGCGGCGCCUGAAGGCCCCUGGGGGGAGGAAAAAGACCCCGAGACGGAGACGACGGGAACGGAGACGACGGGGACGGUGACGGUGCUGGUAUGGUGGCGUCCUUUCGGCCGCGGCAUCAUCUCCGGCGACUGCUGGCAAUUCAACAUCAGCGGCUGCCGCCUCUCCACCAACCGCAGCCUCCAGCCCGAAGCGCACGCCGUCCUCAUCCAUCACCGGGACCUACAGGCUCAUGGCCUCGGCCAGCUACCCCGGCAGAGGCCGGCGGACCAGCGGUGGGUCUGGAUGAACUUUGAGUCGCCCACCCACACCAAGGGCCUGCGAAACUUGGGCGGGCUUUUCAACUGGACUAUGAGCUACCGGGAGGACUCGGAUGUCUUUGUACCCUAUGGGUACCUCAAGCUUCGCCCGGAGCCCCUGGUCCAGUUCACUUUGCCUAAGAAGACCAAGCUGGUGGCCUGGGUCAUCAGCAACUGGAAUGAAGGUCACGCCCGGGUCCGUUAUUACCACCAACUGAAAAAGUAUCUCCCCAUUGAUGUUUAUGGAUCUCAUAGACUGUCGCUCAAAGACAACAAUGUGGUGAAGACCAUCUCGGAAUACAAAUUUUAUUUGGCUUUUGAAAACUCCCAGCAUCAGGACUACAUCACGGAGAAACUCUGGAAAAACGCCUUUGAAUCGUGGGCUGUCCCCAUCGUCUUGGGUCCCCCGAGGGCCAACUACGAACGGUUUAUGCCUUCUGACGCCUUCAUUCAUGCCGAUGACUUCUCUGACCCCAUGGAGCUGGCAGUUUACCUGAAAUUCCUAGAUAAAAACAAGAACAUGUACCGGAAGCAUUUCGCCUGGAGGAAACAGUAUGAUGUGAGGCUAUCGUCUUUUUGGACCGAACAUUGUUGCAAGGUUUGUAACGUAGUCAGAGAGAUGGAGAAACAGCCCAAGACCAUCCAGAACCUCGCCAAGUGGUUUGAAAGUUGACGUCUACCAAUUGACUGAUUUUCCAUGCAAGAUGGUUGGGUUGAUGCAUUUACCCAAUCAAGGCACAAGAAAAUGUAUCAGAGAUAUUUCAGUUUUUCUUAAGUUAUUAAUUAACUUGAUAAGUUAAGAUUUCUUGGUUUAAUAAUCAUGGGUCGAUUCCCCAUUGUGUGCGUGUAUGUAUUUAUGGACUCCCACCCCCACUUUUGGCCUCUAUGGUUGAUACAGUUCUUCACCAAACUGAAGCACAAAAAUGUGCAGCCUGCCACAUAGUUGUAUUUAAAUGUUUAUUUGCAACCUUAACAAAUAAGCAAAAUAUAGCAAAAUAAGCAAAACCAGUAGCACAAUACAUAUAAAUUUAUAGCGACCUUACCAAUUCAAUAUAUCCCCAUAAAUUUUAAAAACACUAUUUGUCAGGAUGUCAGGCUUUCGUAGCUUCCUUGCAACCAUUGCAAGCAAUGCAAUCUUUUGUUACAUGUUUGUCUGCAUCAGACAAGAAAAAAGAUUUUUUUCUUCUAAUCUAGAUUGUUUCAAUUGGAUUAACCAGGGCAUCAUGAUUCUACACCAAAUUCCUGCUAGUUUGCAGUGUAAUGAGUAAUGGGUCAAAUCUUCCACUUACAAGUUAUUGCAAGUGCGUUAAAGGUGUGUAGUUGGUAAUCCUCUGUAUUUGCUGUCCAAGUAGGCUGUUAGCCUUGUUUGAAAGUGAAGUUCUGUAAAGGCUUUUUCUCAGGGAAUUAGAUGUAAGAAACUAUAAAUAGUAUCAUAUUCCCCUUUCUCCUUGAUAUUCCUUGUCUUGCAUCCUGAAUUCUAAAUAAUAUGUGUACUUGAGCUCAACUUUCACUAAUGUGCCUGUUUUUAUAGCAGUAGAAUUUUUAAAGUGGAGAAUAUUUUUUUUUAAAAAUAGACUUUUUUUACCCCAUAUGCAUAGUCUGAAAAGGGUGGUCUGUGAUAACUCACUACAGGGUUUGCCUUUCAUUGUCAGACAACUUCAAAUUAUGACUUGUUCUCCUUUCAUUUUAGACAUAUUUUAAAACCUUUUAUUGCCAGGGUGAAACAGAAAAACAGAUCCCAUUGGCAAGAUACAGAAUGUCAGGACAAAAUUGUUUUGUUACAAGGAGAAUAAUUGCAUUCAUUAUACCCAUGUUAGCAUUUUCAGCUCUACUUUAUUAAAAUUGAUAGACUCAUGGACAAGAUAGCUUCCUAACUCUGACCAUUGAUACAGCUUGCAUAAUUUCCACACAUAGAAUAGAAUAGAAUAGAAUAGAAUUUUAUUGGCCAAGUGUGAUUGGACACACAAGGAAUUUGUCUUGGUGCAUAUGCUCUCAGUGUACAUAAAAGAAAAGAUACGUUCAUCAAGGUACAACAUUUACAUGGAUGAUCUAAUACAAAUUAUACAACUAGAAGAAUGACCUUACUGUUUAGUUACUUGGGAAAACCACCUCUUAAUUGAUUAAAAAUCCACUGGGAAAGUAAUUAACAAAAAAUGUUGGUCUGCUGUUUGAUCAGUGCACUUUUUAAAAAAUUAAUCCUUCGGGGCUUGGCAUGUAUAUUAUAUAUUAUUAUAUAUUAUACUAUGUUUUUAAAACAGCUAAUUUAGAGAGAAAAGUUUCCAAAGAUCAAUUUAUUAUUUUUUUUCUCAAAAACAAUUUAUACAUAGGAUCUUUUGUCCUGGAAUAGAAUAUGCUAAGAAAUAAAGCAGUAUAUGAAACAUUCAUUCUUAACACUGAAAUUUUAUAUUGCUGUAUGAUUGGUUCAAUGAGCGUUAGCAAAGCAGUAUUAGUAGAUUUUUGCCCACUGACUAAACAGACAAACUGACACUGGAAGACCCUUACCCAAUUAAGUUUUUUUUUCAGCCAGAAUCUAUUUUUUUUUAAUUAAAAAUAUCAAGACAUGGACUAUAUAGGUAGUCUUUGACUUAUGACCGCAGGUGAGACCAGAAUUUCUGUUGCUAAACAAGAUGGCCACUUUUAUGAUCACUUUUGCCAAGCGGCUGUUAAGGAAAUGACUUCAGCUGUUAAGAGAAUAAUGGGGUAAUCUGGCUUGCCUUCUGCUUGUUGGAAACCAGUUCGGAAGGUUGCAAAUGACAAUCAAAUAACCCAAGGGCACUGAAGCUAUUGUAAAUACAUUCUGGUUGCCAAUUUUUCCUCAAUGACUAUGAGGAUGCUGCAGUGGUUUUAAUUGUGAAGCUCGGUCAUAAGUCACUUUUCAGUGCAGUUUCAACUUCAAAUGGUCACUAAACAACAGUUGUAAGUCGAGGACUAUUUGUAUUAGCUGCACAUAAACCGAUAUUGAAUUUUACGUGUUUUCACAGUUUUAAUUCCAGCAGUCUCAGACACAUUUUUGUCUGCACCUUCUAAAUUGCAACAGGCUCAAAAUAUCCUCAUCUCUGUGUUUUUUCAACUAGGUAGCCUGUAGAUAUGACUUACAUAGAGAAAAAAAAAAGUGACUUCUAUUUGGAGCAUAUGAAAGAUUUCUUUCACUAAAAAUGAAUGUAUUUGCACCCAGAAGAAAAGUAAGGAGAGUUGUGGUAGGAAAAAAAAUAAAGCAAACAACUUAACUGGUUUACCAGGAGUUUCCGUGGGGUGGUGUUUUUUUUUUGGAUAUGUUGGAAUUUUCCUGACUUGUCAUGGGGAAAAGUUAGUUAUAAUUUCAAUUAAAUCAGAUUUGCACAUCCAGGAUAAAUGUCACAGUCUCACUCGUUGAUAAAUUUCAUGUAAAAUGAUUAGAGACAGGUAGGAGAUUCUCCUUGUAAUUUAUUUUCAUUUUGUUGCGUUUGCAUUAGUAGUAGAGAUCUUUACAGUUCAAUAAUUCAUCAAGGAUUCUGAAAUUGUGUGGGAUUGAAAAUGGUGUGAUAGGAAGAGAAGACACAAAAUAGACAAGCUUGCAAACCCAAAUAUGAAUUUUGAAAUCAUUUGCUGGAAAGGCUAGGAAGAAAUGAAAAGAGGCUUAACAUGAUCUAUUUUUUUAAUGGUGAAAAUUCACUGCUGCCUUUCAGGAAGAUUUUCAACUUCCCGAUCUAAUUUAUAUCCUUGGUAUUUCCCGUCAAAGCACUAAGCAGGGUUAAGCCUGUUUGCUUUCCCUCUGGCCAGAUGUUACUGCUCACAGUACAUAUUUUAAAGGAAAUGAAACUUAAGGCAGCGAGCUGAAAUUUUUUAAUACAGAUGGUCGUGUUUCCUUCCUUCCUUCCUUCCUUCCUUCCUUCCUUCCUUCCUUCCUUCCUUCCUUCCUUCCUUCCUUCCUUCCUUUCUUUCUUUCUUUCUUUCUUUCUUUCUUACAAUCAUAAGGAGCA